UUUGCUUGUAUGUGUGGACGAGCUCACGGUCCGCGUGAUGUUAAGUGGUUACCGGAGCCCAUAGACAUCUACAAUAUAAAUGCUGCUACCCACCCGAAACGAACUUAUUCUAACCAAAUCAAAUGUGCACUUAUAUAUAAAUAAAAACAUUUCAAUUGGCGUCACACCCAUAAAUAAUACACAUAUAUUAGUUAGAGAUGAGCAACUCAAGCACUCAACAAAAAUGUUUACGGGCGCCGGCCACUAGAUGGCCUCGUUUUGAUUAGUUUCUCAUUGGUCCUGUUGAUGGCAGUAACAUACUACCUAUGCUAUAUUUUAUUUUUAAAUGAAGGAUUUUGUAAAUCUUGAGAAACCACAAAUUGAUAAAAUUUAAUCAAUAUGUCUCUAACAAAUUUAAGACUUGUUAGAUUUGUAUUUUUUUUUUAUUUUCUAUGUUUAGUUAUAUCUAUAUAUUAAUACGUGAAGCAAAAACUUUGUAUCCCUUUUUACGAAAAUUGCGCGGACGGAGGAGUAUGAAAUUUUCCACACUUAUAGAGAAUAUAGAGAAGAAGUGUACAAUGUUAAUAGUUUUUUAAAAUAAUGCAUAAAAGAUACAUUAAAUCAAUAAAGAAAACAUUACACACAUUACCAUGUAUUUGACACAACACAUAUAUAUAAAUAUACUCUUUGUUUAUUGUCAAUUGUAAAACUUUUGUUAGUGUUUAAAGUCUGUGGUCAAAUUGAGAAUAGAUGAAUAUUGUUUGUCUUUAUUUAUUAUUUAUGUAUAGUGUAGUUUUGGCGAAAUCUGUGGUUAUAUUAUAUAAGUACAAUAGUAUUUGACAAUAGAACCAUAAUAAUGUUUAAACAUAAAAUUUCAAUUGAUUAAAGUCGAAUUUCGACUUCUACGGGACCACUAGUAAUAAUGAAAUACCUUAACUUUAAUAAUAUAUAAGUUUACGGGCCUCCGCUACAAGAUGUCGCUAGGUACCAUACAAAAUAAAAUACUUGUCUUAAAGUACCGCAGUUUCAGGGACCUGGUCACACCUCUCAUCUUCUGUCUUCUUAAGUACUUUCUCGAAAUUUUCAUGACAAAUGCGCCCUAAAAAAAAAAAAAUUAUUGCAAUGAAAAAAUCAAACAUCACAUACUUGUCAAUGCUAUUGGACAGGUUCAAUUAUAUUAUAUCAAAGUUGAUUUUAUGUUUUAAAUCCAAAUAGGGUUUUACAGGCGUGUCCCUUAUUCAUACAUCCAUCUAUUCGGAAAGCAAUUUUAUCAUUCGGAUGUAAUAACAUUAAAUAGUAUUUUUCUACGAAUGUACAUUAUAAAGAUUUUUAAAGAUAUUUUGAAUCUGUCAUAAUAAUUUAUUAGGACUUUUUUCCUACCUAUGCUGAUAGCCUUGAGAGGCUAUUUAAUUUUCAGCUUCUACUUGACGUGUAGGUGAGCUCACGGGGCUCAAACCGGGAGUGUUGCUAACACUGGCCCUAGCAAGAGUAGAGCUUCCCUGAAUCUACCACCGGAUCGGAAACGCGACCCACUGAGAAGAUCCGGCGAGAAACUCCCACUGAGUUUCUGCUGAGCUGGCAUUAAGACUAGAACUAGGAGAAAGGUCUGCAGUAUUUAUUAAACAGAUUACAGACAUUUCGCGGGUUUUUAAGAUUUUAAACUAUUAUUGAUUGUCCUUUUUUUAUUUGGUUUUCUAUAAAAGUGUGUUUUGUAAACCUUAUACAUACCUUAAUAUGGUGUAAAAAUAGAACAUCAACACGUCAAUAAUAAGCUAUUAAUUUGUACAGCGGUUGAAUUAGGCUUUGUUAAUAUUGUGGAAGAGCUGUUAAAAUUGGGAGGUAAUUCCGACAAAAAAUCGAUAAUCCUGAUUAUCCUGAUUAUCCUACUAAUUCUGCUAUCGUGGCUAUCGUGCUCUGAGGAACUGUUCGAGAUGAUACCGACGUCUCGUUUUUACCAUCGCACCGCCCGCCACCGGAGUAGAGUUCAUCCAUACUACCUGGAGCCACUGCGGUCAUCCACAGUGCGUUUCCAGAGGACUUUUUUGCCACGUACCAUCCGGCUAUGGAAUGAGCUCCCCUCCACGGUGUUUCUCGAGCGCUAUGACAUGUCCUUCUUCAAACGAGGCUUGUGGAGAGUAUUAAGCGGUAGGCAGCGGCUUGGCUCUACCCCUGGCAUUGCUGAAGUCCAUGGGCGACGGUAACCACUCACCAUCAGAUGGGCCGUAUGCUCGUUUGUCAACAAGGGCAAUAAAAAAAAAGUAAUUGAAUUAUCAUCGGUCCUUGAUAAGUAUGCCAAGUGUCGGGUUGAUCCGACAUUUUCAAGGGAAUCAAAAUGAUUUUCAAAGUUUUUUUUUUACUUAUUUUUAUUGCUUAGACGUGUGGACGAGCUCACAGUCCACCUGGUGUUAGUUAAGUGGUUACUGAAGCCCAUAGACAUCUACAACGUAAAUGCGCCACACACCUUGAGAUAUAAGUUCUAAGGUCUCAGUAUAGUCACAACGGCUGCCCCACCCUUCAAACCGAAACGCAUUACUGCUUCACGGCAGAAAUAGGCGGGGCGGUGGUACUUACCCGCGCGGACUCACAAGAGGUCCUACCACCAGUAAUUACGCAAAUUAUAAUUUUGCGGGUUUGAUUUUUAUUACACGAUGUUAUUCCUUCACCGUGGAAGUCAAUCGUGAACAAUUGUUAAGUACGUAUUUCAUUAGAAAAAUUUGUACCCGCCUGCGGGACUCGAACAUCGUUGCAUCGCUAGAUACGAAUGCACCGGACGUCUUAUCCUUUAGGCCACGACGACUUCAAGUUUCCGUUAAACAUACGUGUGAAGUUAAUAAAAGCGUGUUAAAAAGAAUCAUUAUUGUCCACUUUAAAACUGCUUGCGUAAUUAGAUUUAUAUUAUUUAUCAUAUAAUUUUUAAUAUGAGAAAUAUUAUAAUUGAUUACCAACACAGAUAAGUUUUACGCAAAUUAUCGACAAUCGGAAUGCAAUUUUUUGUUUGAAAAUCAUUAUUUUAUCGUGACUUUAAUUGUUUCAUAACUUUAUUAAUUUUUAAGUAUAUAAAGUUGAAUUUUUAUAUCACUACGUAUAUUAUUAAUUCGAUAUUGUUUUUGUAAGAACGAUGGAGCGUAUUGUUCCUUUAAUAUUUCUCACUUUGUUUUGUGUGUUUGCGGAUUCACAAGUGAUCUCAUCGUUUAAAACAACAAAAACAAAUAAAUUCAGAUUGCCGCUAUGCGGCUGUCAAAAACAACUAGAAAUGCCAAAUUAUGGAUCCGGGGUGCCAAUUGAUUCGAACUUCAAUUGUGGCUGUAUAGAUGCUUGCGGGUGCCAAGUCCCGUAUCUAAACAUUCUAGAUUUACCUUUUCUAGCAUCAUUUGCCAGUUCUAUACCUAUCGAGGCUUAUAGUUAUUUAUUGCCAGAAGUCGGUGACUUCGUUCGCGCUCCAAUACCUCGAGUACCAUCAUCCGUCGCAGAUGUACCGAAUUGCGUAUGCCAAAUGCCGAACUGCGGAUGCCAUAUUGCCGAUUGUGGAUGCCAACGAAACAAAUUCGGUGGCCCGGUUCAGAAUUAUAGAUAUCCGCUGAAUAAAUGUGAAUGCAGGAUUCCGGAAUGCGCAUGCCAAGGUUUUGGUUACGGAUGCCCGAAUUGCGCUCGGCCAUUGACAGAAUGCAGAUGCCAAAAUUUGAACUGUGGAUGUCAAGCAGGAGCUUGUAACUGCCAGAAUAGCCCAUGCACUUGUCAAAUUAGCUCGUGCACUUGCCAAAGCAGCCCAUGCACUUGUCAAAGUAUCCCGUGCGCUUGCCAAAGUAGCCCAUGCACCUGCCAAAGUAACCCAUGCACCUGCCAAAGUAACCCAUGUACUUGCCAACGUAAUCAAUGUACUUGCGAGAGUGACCUCGGUAUUUGCAAGGCCCUACAAAUGCCAAACAUCAUUGAUUUCUUGACUUCAAUAGAAAUGCCUUACCCUCAAAGUACUUACAGUCCUCCCUACGACUUUACCUCUUACUACGGAUUAUCUGUGCCAAGCUGCAACUGUCAACCAAACUGCGCCUUUGGCCCGGUUCAAUUACUACCAAACCCAUACGACAGUCCGCCUUUUGAUAUGUUUGGAUACAACUACGAUCUACCUGCCUGCUCGUGUGGAUGCCAUUUGGAAAUUCCAAUAAGUGGAUUGGAGCUACCGAAGUGUGCUUGUCAGUUACCGAACUGCUGUUGCCGAGACGGGAUAUGUAACUGCGGGAUGGACUGCGGCUGCGGGUGUGGGAAAUAUCUACGUCAGAUCACAUUGCAACCGCCAUUCUUGUGAAUCAUUAUCUAUAUAUUAAUACGCGAAGCAAAACUUUGUAUCCCUUUUUUACGAAAAUUGCGCGGACGGAGGAGUAUGAAAUUUCUCACACUUAUAGAGAAUAUAGAGGAGGUGUGCAGAAUGUGAACUUUUUUUUUAAUUGUGAACAAAAAAUAUAAUAAAUCAAUAAAUAAAACAUUACACACACUACUAUGUAUUGGACACACACGCGUGCACACUAUUUGUUUAUUGUCAAAUUUUUCUUAGUCUGUGGUCAAAUUGAGAUUAGAUUAAAUAUUGUUUGUCUUUAUUAAUAUUUGUCUAAAGUGUAGUCUUGGCGAAAUCUGUGAUUCUAAAAGUAUAAUAGUCUCUGACAAUAGAAUCAUAAUAUUGUUCAAACUUAUAAUUUCAAUUAAUAGAUAAUAUAUUAUAAUGUUUGAUGUGCACGAUUUUCAACUUUAUGUUAUCCGUCAAAAGUUCCAUUUUGAUUUGUUUGUUCUAUUGGUAAACUCAAAUUGAAUUUAUUUUGUAAGCUAAUAAUAAAAUAUAUUUUUAUAA